AUGGCCCUUGAGGAGCGUUUUGAGGUUCUCAAGGAGAUUGGCGACGGUAGUUUCGGUAGCGUCGUCCUUGCCCGCGUCCGCAGUGCUGGCUCCAAUGUUGCCCGUCGUGGCACCGUCAUUGCCAUCAAGACGAUGAAAAAGACCUUUCAAUCCUUCACGCCAUGCCUGGAGCUCCGUGAAGUCGUCUUUCUGCGCACACUGCCGCCGCACCAACACCUCGUGCCUGCUCUCGACAUCUUCCUCGACCCCUUCAGCAAGAAGCUGCACAUCUGCAUGGAGUACAUGGAGGGUAACCUCUACCAGCUCAUGAAGGCAAGGGACCACAAGUGCCUCGACAACGCCAGCGUCAAGAGCAUUCUCUUCCAGAUCAUGCAAGGUCUCGAGCACAUCCACGCCCACAACUUCUUCCACCGCGACAUCAAGCCCGAGAACAUCCUCGUCUCGUCCUCCGGUCACCAAGAGACCUCGAACUCCUUCCGCCGUUACUCAUCUCUCGUCACACCACCCUCGACGCCUCCCUCGUACACGGUCAAGAUUGCCGACUUUGGCCUCGCCCGUGAAACCCACUCCAAGCUGCCGUACACCACUUACGUCUCGACACGGUGGUACCGUGCACCUGAGGUCCUGCUUCGCGCCGGCGAGUACUCGGCGCCUGUCGACAUCUGGGCUGUCGGUGCUAUGGCCGUCGAGGUGGCCACCCUUAAGCCGCUCUUCCCAGGUGUCAACGAGGUAGACCAGCUCUGGCGCGUCUGUGAGAUCAUGGGUAGCCCCGGCAACUGGUACAACAAGGCCGGCCAACGUGUUGGCGGCGGCGAGUGGCGGGAGGGCUCGCGCCUUGCGGGCAAGCUGGGCUUCUCCUUCCCGAAGAUGGCACCUCAUGCCAUCGAUACGAUUCUGCAGGCACCGCAAUGGCCAGCAUCACUGAGCCACUUCGUCACCUGGUGUCUGAUGUGGGACCCCAAGACGCGGCCCACUUCAACACAGGCCCUGGCCCACGAGUACUUUGUAGAUGCUGUUGACCCUCUGCGCCCCAAGUCGUCUGCUUCACGCAUCCUGGGCCGCAAGCAGUCGGAUCUCGGCCGCGCGUCCAAGGACUCCGGCUCGUCGACCCCUACUUCUGUCAAGCAACCAUGGUACCGCAAGUCACUCAUUGGCCGCUCCGAGCCAGCUCCCGAGGCGACCGCCGGAUCUAAAGAUCCCGCUGGUAUUUUGGCUCCCCUUUCUACAAUGGUGACAUCGCCCACCGCGGCAUCCGUCGCCGUGCCACAAGCAGGACCUCCGCCUGCCCAGGCACCAACACCGGCGUUGGUUCCUUCUCACGCACAGUUGCCCACGCGGGCACCAGUUCCGUCGCAGGCCAUUGCCACGCCUGCUGUUGUACAGGUUGCUCCACAGGUACCAGCUGGUCCGCGCCCAGCGCCAGAGCAGCACCAGUCUGCUGAGGCCAUCUUGCCCAAGGUGCGGCCGGCCGCCAGCAAGCGGACGACCUGGACAAACGGCCCGUCUAACGUGGCACCGAUGCCCAUUCUCCCCACGAUCCGUCCCAUUUCACCAAUGUCCGAUGCUGUGACGGCACAGGCCAACAACCGGACGCCCAUGUACAACGAUGCGUACGCGAAUGCCGCUGGCCGGGCAGACGAAAAGACACCCAAGAAGAUUGGCCGCCAGCUGUCCGUUGCCUCCAGCACUAACCACUAUGCCGACCUCCACCGCCAGCAGGCCGAGCAGGCUCUGAAUGGAAACACGGGCCUCGUUUCGCCGCCCAGCGCCCAUAAGGAGAGCUUCUUCUCCCACCUCCGCAAGCGGGCACGUCGCUUCUCUGGCCGCCACCAGACGCCCAUCUCACCAGCAUACGAUGAGAUGGAGGCUCAAGCAGGUUGCGGUCCUUGGGCCAGCAACCGCUCGUCCAUGGUGAUUGACCAACAGACGCAGGCUUCGUACAUGCCCAUGGCUGUUCCAGUGCAGAGCACCUCGGCGCUCCCCACCAGCAACACGUACGAUUCACUCGAAAAGCAGGGCCACGCUGGCGAUGCCAACAGCGGCUACCUGCCAACCAUCCCGGCACAUGGCUCAACGAGCAACCUGACGACUUCGGCAACCAUGGGUGCUACGGUGGGCGUGCCUCCGGCAGGUGUGACCAACCUCAAGCGCCACCACUCGCUGCCUCACCACCAACCGCGCUCCGUUGACAACCUUCUUGUUGCGGCACGCAGUGGUGGUGGCCCUAUCUCGAGCAGAACACGGCGGGCACAGGCUACGCAGGGCGUGUACCAGUACGACGCACCUGAUGAGGAGGACGAGUUGCUUGACGAAGUUCUCAACUCGACCCACCGUGCCAUGAAGCGUCUUGAAAAGGAUGGCAAGCCGGCCCUGCGGCAAUCGGUUAGCAACAUUGCCAUUUCGAACCCCUACCCGACGCCGUCACCUUCCGCCAGCGGCCACAACGUUCUGUUUGGUGACAGCAAUGAAGCUGUCACACCUAAGCCGUUGGACCUCGGCAAGAAGGCUGCUGGCGACUAUAAGUGGCCCACACCUCCUUACGACGAGAACGACUGGGCCGCCUCUGCAUCUGCCAGCAUCUGGGCUGCGAGUAACCGAUUCUAA